GAUGGGCUACCGCUUCUCCUUGAAUACAUGUAUCGAAAUAUUCUGCAAGUUGUAAUUGCCCUAAAACGCGGCGUUCCAUAUGCCACCUAACACGUGCAAUAUUCCGUCUACGUUUGCCCCAAGAAGAAGUGAAGAAGAAAACAAAUAAAAAAGAAGGAAAGGAGAUCGCAGAGACUCUCCGAAACAAGAAAUGGGUGCCCUAGUGAAGCUACUAGACAUCGUUCUCUUCCCCUUCCUCUUGACAAUCGCGUUGGCCGCGCCUUUAAUGGACUUUCAAGCGAUUCUUCCUCACGGUCUCUACCCAGAUUAUCUUAUCAAUCUCAAGCAAUGGUACACCCGCGAGUUCGGCGACUAUCUCUUCGUCGAGAAACCCAAUUUUUUUGUCGGACUCGUGUGGCUUGAGUUGCUCUUCCAGUGGCCUCUCACUCUAAUCAAUUUAUACGGAAUUUUGGGUGCCAAGUCCUGGUUGCCCACCACCUGUUUGAUAUUUGGCGCUUCAGUUUUUACUUCAACGGUUGCUAUAUCGACAGAGCUGAUACUGUCAGGUAAGGCUUCUGAUAAGAUGCUGACGAGCUACCUGCCGUUCCUUGGAUUUGGUGUUUUGGCGACUUUGCGUGGGCUGAUGCCACCGUCUGGCAAGGCCACUUCUGGGUCUGCAUUUGGUAGGAGACCAGAAUUGGCUAGAAAGAAGAAGGCUUGAAUUUGCAACAUCAGAUGAGUACUUCGUUGGACUUUCUUAUUUGAUCAUUCUGGUUAUUAUUUCGGGUCACUUUUGUGAUUGCCUGGUAACGGGGAUCUUAAUGAACUGAUUCAAAAUUUAUGAGUUUUUUGUUUACUUAUGAACCAAUUUGUAACACCUAUGCCACUAGUCGAAGAGGGAAGAAUGUUGUAUA